UUUCUCUCACUUACACAGGCACAGAUUCUCACUGGCUCUGGUUCUCUCUCUCUCUCUCUCUCUCUCUCUCUCUCUCUCUCUCUCUCUCUCUCUCAAAAUGACAGUUCUCAGUACAACUAUUGGUAUCAUAUUCUUUUUACUUCACUCUUCUUCUGGAGAAAGUGGCUUCGGACAGGAUGAUGAGUUUGAAGAUGAGGAACAAGAUGAUUAUGAAUUCACUUGCUAUAGCCAAUUGCAAGUCCAUGGCCAACAGCACACUCUGACUUGUUCUUUCAAUGACUCGUCACUCAACAGCACCAAUCUGGGGCUCGAGCUGUGUGGUGCGUUUAUGUCCAACACACAAUGUGAGAUGAUGACGAAAAGAGAAAAGGAUUAUUUUAUGAAAUCAAGAUCAUUUUCACUGAUUAAUGUUUGUGAGUUGUGCGUGAUACUAGGAAAAAAUAAGGUGAAUUGCAAAACACUGAAGAUAACCAAAAUAGUUAAGCCUGAAGCUCCUUUUGACAUAAACAUCACCUACCGCAAGGCAGCAAAUGACUUUGUGCUCACAUUCAAUACAACACACUUAUGGAAUGACUAUGUAAAAGAUUUAGUCCAUGAUAUAGCCUACCACCAAGAAAAUAGUAAAAGCAACUGGAUGCACAUAAGCUCAGCCUAUCCUCUUGUAACACUUCUGGAGAGAAAGCUACAACCAAAUUCAACAUAUGAGGUUAAAGUACGAUCACUUCCCGGUGGGACCUAUUUUGCAGGGUCCUGGAGCGAUUGGAGCCCCAGUGUCUACUUCAGGACACCACUGAGACCUAAAACAGAGGAGCUGGAUUAUGUCAUGCUCAUCAUCGUCACUCUGAGCUUCUUUUCUGGGAUCCUGGGGAUUGUUGUGAUCUGUUUGCUAUGGGAAAAAAGAAUUAAACCUGUUUUGUGGCCCAACCUCCCUGACCACAAGACGACUCUGGAACAGCUGUGUAGAAAACCACAAAAGAAUCUCAACAUCAGCUUCAAUCCAGAAAGUUUCCUUGACUAUCCAAUUCAUAAAGUGGAUGGCAUUCAAGCCAAAGAAGAGGCAGAAGGUUUUCUGCAAGUCCCGCUGCCCCGAGACAUCAAUGUCACAGAGAAGAUUGGGCUCAGCCCAGAUUGGCCAUCUGAGAAUAACAUCAUCCCACCAGUGGUUUAUGGAGGGAACUCACCCCCAGCUUGCCUGCAUGGGAACUUCAAUACAUGUGACCUUUCUAUGGUCAUGGCCUCAAAGUCACCCAACCAUCAGGAGAAUAGCAAAAGUGAAACUCAUUUCUGUGGGGGCCUGCUCCUUAGCUCCGACUCCAGAAACAGUGCCUUGACAUUCCCUUUUCCACUCAGACUAGGAGUCUUGGCUCCAAAUCCAGCUGCCCAAGGACAACCCAUCAAUGCAAACCUGAGGUUAAGUCAAGAAGAAGCAUAUGUCACUAUGUCCAGCUUCUACCAAAACAAGUGAGCCUCCAGAAAUCCAUGAUGUGGAGCAUCACAGCCAACAAAGACAACAGAAGGGGCUGCUAGGAGACUAUUUUCCAUCUUGAAUCCAGUCUCUGAUAAUAACUCAACAUAAAAAAGAAAAAGCAACUUUUCUAUUUGUAAUGCAUCUACAUAUACCAGAUUUUGGAACACGUCUUUGGCCAUUCCCUAGUUGUGAUGCUUCCUUCUAACAAGAUUAGAGUGCCCUUACUUCCAUUGUUAUUGAUUUCAAAAACAAAUUAUCAAGCUAUUCAAUUCUUUGAAAAUGGAAGAGGAAGAGAAAAGGAGGAAGGGGAGAGAGAAGGAUAAAAAGAAAGAUGAGGAGAGAAAAUAAGAAGGAAAGAAUGAAAAAAGUGAGGGACAAGUGAUGGAUGAGACCCACAAGUAUAAACCUAGGAUAUACUCUCCUAAUCAGAAGCUGGCAAUGUGGGCAUAGAAAUGGAGAUGGCCAAAGACACCGUACCAAUCUGGCUUUUCUCCCAGCUGCUCUGAACUACCUGUUGCACACCAUUUUGUAGUUUAUCAUUUACCACAGACAGUUUCUGGCAGUGGAGAUACUCAAGCCAGGCAUUUCACAUCUUGGGGAAUAUACUCUAGUUCUAAGAAAGGAGGGAAAUGAACUUUUUUUCUGGUUCUCAAGAAUCAUGUCUAUAGAGUCUGAAGAUACAAAAUGCAAAUGACUUUUAAGACUGAAACAUGGAAUCACCAAAUCUUAGCUUUGAAAGGGACCUUAAUAAUCAUUGAGGUCAAACUUUCACCCAAUUCUCUAUAGUUUGAGGAAAUCACUAUCCCACUGUCUACAUUCUAUUUGGGGGCAAACCAAAACCUCUUCUAUUUUUCUAUAAUAGUCUUCAACUUGAAAUUAUUAGUGGUAGAAAAAAAUAACAACAUCUGAUUUACCAAGACUAUGGGGUUCACUGUGACUGCCAUUAUCAAAGUUUGUAGCCAUUAUUGGUUCUCAGAAGAAAUCUCAUUGCUUACCCUGGAUGUCAGGAUAUUUCAAUACAUAGAGUAGAUGAAUAAACUUUCAUAUUAGCAUUAGUGAGUCAACAACCUGCAUUUAUCCACAAAUUGUCCUGUUCUUCCACAAACUUAGGAAAUGGCCAAAUACUUCAAGGAAUAUGUUACAUUUAUUGGUAGUUUAUAAGUUCUGGCCAUGUGAGGGAUCUUCACUGGAUUUUUUUGGAAGUCACAAUUUGUGGACACCUUAGAGACAUGUUUGCUUUCACCUUUUAUCUCUCUUAGUUUGGUGGAAAUUCAAGGAUGUAUAACAAGCUAAAAGCAUAGAAAUAACAUGACAGAUGUAAGAAUUAAUCCAAAUCUCAAGGAAUGAAAUUACAGCAACUAGCUAUUGCAGUCUUCCAUUUGCUGCUGUCCCCUGUCCCUCUCUUCUCAGGGCUGUCCCUUCAUAUAAAGCAGAGAUGUUAAAAGGGGAGAGAUGAAACUGGGGAAUGAAUGUUGCAUAAUAGAUCUAGGGCAUCCUCUCCCCAGGCUAGUUUAGUGCCAUGAUGGUGAUAAUUUUACUACCUUACACUGCUGUCAUGCUUUGUAGAAAGAUCUUUAUUAUCUCAAUUAAUCUUCUUAACAAUUCUAAUUGGUAUUAUUAUUACCAUUUGAAAGAUGCAAAAAACAAGACACAAAGAAGUUAAGGAAUUUGCCCAAGAUCACACAGCAAGUUGGUAGUAGAGUCAGCACACAAACCCAGGUGUAAGGGUCUUUUAUAUAAGUAGUGGAUUGGAGCCAAGAAGAAAUGUACUAUUUUCUGGACUGAACUCCAACACUGCCCUAGAGGACUUCUAAGAUUCCUUCUUUCUCUAAUAUUCUAUAAUUCUAUGAUUUGAUAUAACAUGUUAUCAUUUGAAAUAUGGAGUAUGAGUGAAAAUAGACACAUUUGAGAACAGA